ACGGAGGCGCAAUGUCAGUAGCCCAGCUUCCUGCAGAAGGCUGCGGCUGCUUCCCUAAAUUCCUAUGGAUGAUAUUAAACAAGUCCUGGAUUAUUUCUCUCUGAUGACCCGGUUAAAGUCAGACAAAGGUUACAAGUACUUCAGUGAAUGCUGCUUGUUUAAUUGUGCAGGAAAAGUUGUCGCUGUAGCAGCCGGAGCUGUGGGGGCCGUUGCAUUGGCGCCUGUUGCCCUGGGCGCCAUCGGUUUCACCUCAGGAGGAGUUGCAGCUGGCUCCUUCGCCGCAGGGAUGAUGUCUUCUGCUGCCGCUGCUAACGGAGGAGGAGUGGCAGCAGGAAGCUUAGUGGCUGCUCUGCAAUCUGCAGAAAAUGGUGAGGCUGAAGAUGGGAGCACAGGUGAUGGGAAGUCCAGGAGAAGUCCUCUCAUGAGACGCGCUGCACUCACAGAUAGAGAACAGCUGGAUGUGGCUUGAAUGAACUGAGAUGCAUUCUGCAUUAUGACCACUAGGUGGGAGUAUUGGCCUUUUUUUUUUUGUUAAUGUGGUCCAGUUGUCUGCAGUUUUUAAAAUUACUUUAUAAAAACAGUUUUUUCAAACCACUUUAAAAAAUGUAAAGGCAAUAAUACAUGUUGCUAUAAACAGUUUUCUUUCGUUAUUACGGCUCAAUUCAUGACUUCUGCUCACAUUGGAUUGUGGGAAAACUCACCAGCAUCAAAAAAUGUUUUUUAUACAAAUGAGUUUCUCGGCUUCCCAUCUCACUUUAUGUUGCCACGGCAACUCUUCAGUUCAUGUAGCUGCCAGAGGUAAAAGUUUUCAAAAUUCCACCAAUGUGGGCGCCAUCUUGAGGAGUCGGAAUAGUUCCGUCUUCGAGCUGAACGUCCAGGAUGUUUGCGGAAGUUCCAAACUCCUCUCGGCGCCGGUUGAUCACCAAACGAGAGUCAGAGGUCGACGGACGAAGGAGGAGGAGGUCUCCUGGAAAUGCUACGAGGAAGCGAGGACGAGGAGGAUGAGGAGCAGGCUGAGCAGGACGGUGGACGGCAGCGUGAGGCUGCACGCGCCGGUGGUGUCGUCCGUCAGGAAGGGUUCUGGUGACUCGUACACCGAGUCGUCUGAAAGAGAGAACAGAGCUGGGUUAGAACAGCAAAUUCAUCAUUCUUUAUGCUGGCUUGCAAGGAAUCACUGGUUCCUUUUGGGACAGGAGCAGAAAUAACUCAUUCCAAAAGUAAUCUAUUACAAUAACAUCAAGAUUUUUGCUGUAACUAAGAUGUGAAAGGCAUAAAACGGCUACUAUGAAUAUGUCAUGCAUUAGAGUCAUCUUUAUUUAAAAUUACUGUAGUAAUGUUUCUAGUAGUGGACCCCAGGAAAACUAAAUAAAAAAAAUUAAAAAAAA